AUGUCAUCAUCAAUCCUUCACCAGUGCUCCCUCUGCGGCCAUGUCUCGGACAUUUCGCUCUCGUUGGCCGCUUUCAUCGAGAAUCCUCACUGUGUUCAGUGCGGUCUGUCUGUCCAGGAAAGCAAUACCAAGAUGCAAGAUGAACUUUCCUCUCUCUUCGAUCGCCAGAUGUCCAUGAACCAACAAACCACCUAUACGCCUGCCCAACCUCAGACUCAGCACCAGCUUCAGGUGAACCAAAUGAUCAGCCCGGAGCCUGAGCCAGUCCCGCAGCCUCAGAUCACCUACAGCAUCACCCAGCACUACCACCACUCAGCCCACGUCGCGCAGCCCACCGCACCCGCCAGCAGUCCAUCGCAAGCAAAAACCCAGCGGUUACGCGGCCUCCUCCUUGCGCAUGGCAUCGAUCCGUCCACCUUGUCCGCGGCUCAAUGCGAGCUCAUCCAGAAUGCUGAUCUCGCGCAGCAGCAACGCCUGCUGCAGACAUGGCAGGUCUACGCUGAGCACGGACUGGCUCAGAGCGGAUCUCCAGACACUGCGAUGGAAGACUCAAUGGACGAGGACUCGGUGUCUGCGGUGGAGCCGUACAUGGCCAUUGGAUAUAGGUCUCCGAACAUGACCCAUUCCGCCGAUGGCAUGCCGACGGAGCCCUCGACCGGUGAGCCGUAUGCCAAGUCGACUGAUUCGGUGUACAACCGCCAGUUGAGUCAGUGGUGGGAAGUCGGUUCAGCACCGGUCGAGUCGCAGUACGGCUUCUUCGAGGGCACGAGCCGGCGGGCGGCCAUGCCUAACUGCGCGGGGAUUCAGAUGCCGCAGUGA